UGUUAGUGCAGUACCGGGUUGACUGGGACGAGCAGUAACUACUGUUAUAUCAUCAGCCGACGUGGAACCAUGAGCCGACGUCGCGUCAGCCGACGACGCUGGUCAAUCCACAGCGUCGGUUACGCAUAAAAGACGCCGGUCACCGGACAUGCGGUGGAGAUACGGCGACGAUUGCAGCUGGCGGCCGUCGUCCUCCACCUGCUCCGCUAAACAUCGGUCCGCGGUGCAUUAGCGUAGUAACUACAUCAACUCGUCACUGAAAACCGAACAACGAAGGAUUAAAAUCUCUGCCGUCCAGCCAUCGCCAGCAUGCUGAACGUCUCGUGCCCCGACACGUCUUCCGCGGAUGUUGUGAACGUCAGCUGCGAGCCGGCCGUGCCGCCGGCCGACUGGGCCUCCAGCAUGGAGCGCCAGGAGAUCUCGCGCAUACUCAGCGGCCUCGUGCUCUCGGUGGUGAUCGUGGCGUUCUCGGCGCCGCCGGCGGCCGUCAUCUGGCGCACGCCGUCGCUGCACCGGGUCUCCUACCUGUACGUGAUGGUGCUGAGCCUGCUGGACUGCCUGCUGGGCGCCUUCUCGCUCAGCAUGGCCUGCGCCGCGCUGCUGCUGGGCCUGCUGGUCGGCGGCAUCCCCUGCUGGCUCUGCGUCGUCCUGGAGGCGGCCACCAACGGCUGCAUGAACGCCGUCAACGUGGUGAUGCUGGCGCUGGGCCGCGACCGCUACCUGUCGCUGGCGCACGCGCUCAGCUACCCACUGCUGGCCACAUCGGCCGACGUCAGGAGACACGUCAAGAUGGCGGCCGCCUACGGCGCGCUGCACGCCGCCAUCUUUAUCGGGGCUCGAGUGUACUAUGGCUGCGUGAACGCCGUGCAGAAGAGCUGUCUGCCGCUCAAUUGGCUGCUGAUGCCCGAGUACCGCUUUGUUGCCGCCUUCACGGUCUCUUUCAAUAUCUUCCUGGAUGUCGGCACUAUCACCUACAACGGCUUCGUCAUGUACUGCGCCUGGAAGCUGAGGAGGAAGCAGGUUCAUCCCCAGUGCCUGGACCAGGAGCAGGGCCAGCCCAAUCAGCGCUCCACCACGAAUGCUGUCCGCCACCACAUGCGCAUAUUCGUCUUCACGUUCAAGCUGGCCUGCCUGUUCCUGGUGUGCUCGCUGCCCUACAAGCUGGCCAUUGUGCUCUUCUGCCUGGGAGCACACUCGUCCGUAAACCUGAUCCGUGUGCUCGCCCUGAUCCGAAUGAUGUACUUCAUCCUGGACGGAUGGACGUUCUGUUCCAACAGAGAGCUCCUCGAUGCCGUCAAAGCUAUGUUCAAAAUCAAAAACUCUGGUGAAUGUCUGUCCGACCGAAGCAUUGUGCUGACAACAAACUCGGGUCCUGGAUAAGGCUAUAUGGAACCCGAAGUUUAGAAGGCCUAGUGGCAAAUGACACUUAGCAAAACCAAAGCAAAGAAAUAGAAACAUCCGGCAAUAAAAUGUCGUGCUGUUAUUGCCGAGUUCACUUAUCCUAGAUUAGAAACUGAACAGCCCUGGCGAUGAGGUUAGAGAUAUUCGAUACCUUUUUACUAUUGACGGGACAUAAAAACAGUACGAGCACAAGUUACUUGUAACUGUGACUGUACUUAGCUCAAAGAUAGACCCGAUCAAGAUACAUACAGACAGGGACCCUAACAGCUAUUUUGUAGCAUUGAUCCUUUAAAACCUGAUGGGACCAUACUCGUACAUGAAACAAAUGAUCUCAAGUAUCCGUCCGAUAGAAAUAAGUUACUUAGUUUAAACGCAGAUGAUCGGUCAUUGAUGGUCGUUUUCGCUUCAAAUAUGUGUAAAGAUUCUAAAAUUCGUAAAUUGAAGUUAGAACGUUUUUGAUCUAUGAUUUUGAAAUCGUCUAUAGGUAGGGGAAAGUGGGUGUAUUGCGCCCUCCUAACCAAUUGCGCCCACCAACAUUCCCACGGAUUCAAUGGCAUGUUUUGAAUUUUGUGUUCGAAAACAUUAUUCUCCACACUGGAUAGUUCCUUUUAUAGCCCAAGCUCCCCGAGGAAGCCAAUCAGCAAGGCUCAUUACGCCAUCAAAGAUGUUACGGCGUUUUCUUAGCUUUUUUGCAGUGUUUUGAACCGUUGGCUAUAAAAAUGUGUGAUAUUUGUGUGGUUUUCAGAGUGAUAUUUAGAAAGAAAAACCCUUUUUUCAUUAUAUUUCACUAAAACAGUUAAUUUCCUUCAACAUCUUUAUGAUAACUUCCACGCUUUUAUUAAAAAGUACCUCAAUUUUAAUUGCGCCCAUGGCAAUUGCGCCAGGGGGGCGCAAAUAGAAUAAUGGUGUAGCUAUUGUAUAUCACGACAGCAUGAAUGCAUCAUUAACUGUUUGCAAUAAAGAAGGAGUUUAAUGUCAGGCAGGGGAGCAGCCCGCUGUCGUCAGUCCGCAAAUUAUUUCUCUCGUCAAACUUAUAAUGCAGCUGCCAUUUAGGCUACGAACUUGUGUAAUUGACAAAAUACGACAUUUUCAACA